AUGGCUAAGAAAAAAGAGAUUCAAAACCUUGUACAGCAGCACAAACCUUCGAUGGUUUGUAUUCAAGAGACAAAGAUGGAAGAUAUUGAUAGAAGGAUCUGUGGAUUGUUAUGGGAGUCUGAUGAUUUCGAUUUUUCUAGUAAACCAUCUGAAGGAAAAUCAGGUGGGGUCUUAACGAUUUGGGACAUAAGAGCAUUUUCAGCAACUAGUAUUCAAAUGUAUGAUUCAAUUCUAUGGCUGGAAGGUGAAUACGGAGAGGACAAGAAAAGAGUAAUCAUAGUAAACAUAUAUGCUCCAUGCGACACUAGAAGAAAGCGAGAAUUAUGGAGGUGUUUAUAUGAUAGAAUAAAAGAAAAGAAUGGGGAAAGAAUAUGUGUAGCAGGAGAUUUUAAUGCCAUUAGAUAUGAAGAAGAAAGAACAGGAGCUAAUGUUAAUUCAAGAAGAGAAGAUAUGGAGGAUUUCAAUGAGUUUAUCUUAAGUUCGGACUUGGUCGAUAUGCCUCUACAUGGGAGGAAAUUCACAUGGUCAAGGUCAGGAGGCACAAUAAUGAGCAGAUUGGACAGAUUCCUUAUCUCAGAAGAAUGGUCUAGUACAUGGCCCACGAGUACGCAAUGGGCAUUGGAUAAAGGACUAUCCGACCAUUGCCCCAUUCUUCUUGGCGGUUCUUCGCAAAGUUGGGGUCCAAAACUGUUUCGCAUGUUAAACUGCUGGAAAUAUCUAGACGGGUACAACGAUUUCAUUAGAGAACAAUGGUUGAAUAUGAAAUUUGAUGGAUGGGGGAUGUAUGUUUUGAAAGAAAAAUUGAAAUUGAUCAAAGGUAAACUAAAAGAUUGGCACAAGCAACACACGCAAAACCUGGAAGGUAAGAUUAAGAGCGCUAAGGAAGAACUAAAUUUUCUUGAAGUUAAAGGCGAAUCAUCGACAUUAUCCACAAUGGAGAUAGCCCGCAAAAGAGAAGUGUUCUCAAAUCUGUACAAGCUCAUGAACCUCAAUUGUAGUAUCCAAUGCCAAAGAGCUAGGAUCAAAUGGUUGAGAGAAGGUGAUGCAAAUUCCAGUUAUUUCCACGGCUGCAUUAACUAA